AGCUCCAGAGGUCGCGGGAAGCCGAAUAAAGCACUUUCGAAUGUUACAUCAUAUCCACAGGUAGCGCGCUAGAGGCGCGGCCGCCGCCGAUGAAAACGAAAAUCUAGCAGUCGUCGGUUCAUUUCCACGCGGAAGCGACGCGCGGCCGAUCGCAAGACUUCAGACGUGUGUUCUUUUUUUUUGUCGGUCGCCUGAAAAUAGUACAGUUUUCGACGGCAUGGCCGCGGUCGCUCACGUCACCGUUUAAAAAACGCGUUUUGUUUACGUCGUCGGCAUCUGCGGUGCGGUAACCCUUUAACUCAGUUCCAGUCGAUCACAAUGCUAGAGGAUCUGUAAACCCAUCGAGAUGUGCCCGUCAACGCCGGUCGCCGGGCAAGUACCGGCAGGUGGCGAUACUGCUGCCACCGACUCCAACAAAAACGAGUGUGCGCAGGAAGAAGUUGGCAAAGAAAACGGAGCCACGCAUCGAUUAGGUCCAGAAAUGGGCGACACCAGUUCAAAGGGCACCGAAGUCUGCCACGACCACUUCGUGCCUUCGAUAAUGUGGCCGGACCUAAUCGCUCAGCUCUAUAUACAUUUGGGGUGUUUGUAUGGGUUGUUUCUAUGCCUGUGGUCUGCCAAGUUCUAUACUACGCUUUUUGCGUUCCUCUCGAUUUACAUCUCAGGAUUUGGCAUCACCGCCGGAGCACACCGCCUCUGGUCCCAUCGGGCUUACAAGGCGAAAUGGCCCCUCAGGUUAAUUCUAGUCAUUCUGUUCACCGUCACCGGCCAGCGGCACGUGUACGCGUGGGCAUUGGACCACAGGGUUCACCACAAAUUCAGCGAGACGGAUGCGGACCCGCACAACGCGAAAAGGGGCUUCUUUUUCUCUCACGUGGGGUGGCUGGUGCUCACGCCGCAUCCCCUCGUCGUCGAGAAACGCAAGCAGGUCGACAUGUCCGAUUUGGACGCGGAUCCCAUCGUCGUGUGGCAAAAAAGGUUAUAUCCGGUGCUGUUCGUUUUGUUCGUCGUCCUGUUGCCGGUAUCCAUUCCGGUAUACUUCUGGAACGAGACGAUCUGGAACUCCUGGUGGAUAAACUUCAACGCUCGCUUCUGCAUCACGCUGAACAUCGCGUUCUUCGUAAACAGCGUCGCGCACAUGUGGGGCCAGAAGCCCUACGACCGGUUCAUCAGUCCGGUGGAGAACCUCGCGGUAUCCCUGGCCGCUUUGGGCGAGGGCUGGCACAACUACCACCACGUGUUCCCCUGGGACUACAAGACGGGCGAGUUGGGCAACAAGUACAACCCGUCGACGACUUUUAUCGAUUUGUUCGCGAAGAUCGGCUGGGCGUACGAGCUGAAGAGCGUGUCCAAGAGGAUGAUAGCGAGGAGAGCCGUCAGGAGCGGCGACGGCAGCCACGAGAGUCAGGGGAGCAAUAUAUGGGGGUACGGAGACGAAGAUAUAGAGCCCGAGGAUUUGGAGGAGUUGCGCAACAUGAGCGACGAGAAAGUAGAUUAGUCGGAUUUGAAGUUAGGUUCGUAUUAUGUCCCGUCAGUCGGACGGCUUCAACGUUUUGCCGGACCAAUACUAGAGCCUUAUUCGUCGUAGCCUUAACGAUUGCAUGUAAAGGACUUGUCCGUAUCGACCCGGCCCUUCUUUUACGAGCUGCUAAAUUACACUGAACAGCGGCGGUAUUUUUAACUUAAUUUUUUGUAUAAUGUUUACUACUAUCGCAGAUACCGCUAUCCAAUUUUUUUUUCAAUGUGGUACUCAGGUGAAGAAACUAGAAAGUGGUGAUAUAUUUCGAUAGUCAUCUUUUGAAACAGUUUUUUUUUGUUUGCUGAUGCGGAUAUAUACUUUCCCGUUUUUCACAAUUGAUUUUUGGUCCAUGGCUAAUACGAUAAUGCGAUUCCGGGUUUAGACCGUAUCCGACUUCCAUUUUAUAUCCUGUGAAUUCACUCGUCUCGACUUUAUCAGGCUUCAUCAUCGGUAAUAUCAUCUGUCAUUUCUUACCAAUCACUCGAUUGCGGACUAAGUAUUUCCUUUUUAUAUCUUGUGAAUUCACUACUCUGAAAAUUUUCGCUGCAAGAGGAACAUCAUCUUCUUGAUCAAAGCGUUCAUCAUCUGAUAUGUAAUCUGUCCUCUCAUGUCAAUCACAGAAAUUCGAUUACGGUUAUGGACUGCAUUCGACUUUCCUUUUAUAUCCUACGAAUUCACUUAUUUGAACUUUUAGCAUUGGAAGAGGAACAUCAUCUUCUUGUCAUCAGCCAUCUCAUAUCAAUCACAGGAAUUCGAUUGCGGGCUUAGAUUGCAUUUGACUUUCACUUUAUAUCCUGUGAAUUCACUAGUAUGAACUUUAUUAUUGAAAGAGAAACAUGAUUUUCUCGGUCAAAGCCUUCAUCAUUUGAAAUGUUAUCUGUCACUUCAUACCAACCGCAGGAAUUCUAUUAAGGGCUUAAACUGCUAUUCGCAUCCUUUUUAAAUAAUGUAAAUUCACUAAACUGAACUUCAUGAUUGGAAGGGGAACAUUAUCUUCAUCAUCUGAAAUGUCAUCUGUCAUUUCUAUUCUGAAUUUUAUCACUGGUCAAAGCCCUCAUCAUGUAAAAUAUCAUCAUCUUUUCUUCGACAUCCAAAUCAGGAAAUGAAGUGAAGAAUCUUGGAAAUUAUUGAUACUAACCUAAAAAAUCUUUAUUUUAUUUACAGAUAACGCACAGAUAAUUAUAAACACUGAUAUCUCUCCGUGCUAUUUAGAUAAUUUAUCUCAUCAUGUACAAUCAUCAAUAUAUACUUACAAAAUUAAUACUUAAUAAGAUUUUUAAAAAAUCUUGUAAAAACAAUUUACGAUCAAUGGCUAUGAAGUAACGACGAAUUGGAUUAAGCUAAUGGUUACCUAAAAUUACUUUAUACAUCUGCCCUUAUUUUUAAAACUUCUUAAUAAUUUUCUUUUUUUUUUUUUCAUGGAAAAAAAUUGGUUUGUUUUCCUUUUUUUAUACUUACAUGUUGAUUAGGUUCAAUUGGAACAAAAGAAUCAUAACUCAAGUUAGUUGGCAAUUACAUCUAAAUGGUUUUGGAUUAAUAUUUAUACUAUGAACAGUGCACCUUCUUGCAAUACUUUUUAGAAGUCUAUCGACGUAUUUGACCCUACCGUAUUUUAAAACUGCUUUAUAAAUGGAACGUAACUCGUGAUUUAGUCGCUCGUCUUCUUUUAUGUCUGUAUUAGUUGUCCAUUUGUUUCUGGGACAUUGGGCACUUGCCCUAAGGCCGUUCGCCCAAUUUAUAGAUCUACGGUAUAUAAUAUAAGGAGGCGUUUUGUGACAUAUGGGCACCACAUCUAAAAAAUAAAGAAGACGCGUGUCAUUUGCAAUUUAUUUUUUGUUGCCUACUUCCAAAAUCGGAAUGAUGGGGAGGGGGUGGGUUUGGUACGCCUGUUGUACUCAAAGCAGUCCGUCUCGCAGUGGUCGAGCUUCAAAAAUGUAAAGGACCAAUAAUUUUCGAACUUAGUACCGGUAUACGGAGUUUCCUAAACCCGAAGGCAGGUUAGAAGUAUAUGGAGAGGCUACAAUCUCUUUUUUUAUAUUUGGGCGUUGCAGCGUUGCCACAGCUGACUAACCAAAACUAUAACCAAAUACCCACUUCACUUUUAGAUUCUAUAAAAACUUGGGAAACUAAGUAUCUAACAUAUAUCUUGAAUUUUAAUUGAGACUCCUAUGUACUUUAUUGCAGCAGUGAUUCAUUCGUGGUCUAAAGUUAUUGUAAGGCAAAUUGAGAAGUAAGCCAUGGCCAUAUAUUUUGACAAUUCAAUUGGACAGUCUUUAUCAAACAAGUUGUCAAGAAAUUUGAUUAUUAAUAAGCUAAAAAAUAUUUAAAAAAAAGUGUAUAUCGAUGAAGCUUUGUAACACUUAUCGGAAGUCACGUCAAAGAAUAUCCUGACAUCAAUUUGCAUGGUUCUAGGUUAACAAUUGGUUUGUGGUUUCUUAAGUCAAUAACCUCUAGCGAAAAAUGAUUAUUUUCAUGAGAGCUGUUUAUGAGGUAUUUUGGGUACUCGAUAUUGGUUGUAGCCAAGGAAAAAUAAUAUACUUAAUCUAUACAAAUCUGUUUUCUACCAGUUCUGCAGGAACACAUUACAAAUACGCCAUUUUCUUUUCUGGGCCCUGCAACUAAAAACUUCCAAUGCAAAUCAUUAAAAAUGCCUUUGGAUGGCGCCACUGUAAUCAUAUACGGGGCAUUUCGUCUAAAAAAACGAAGUUGGUGCCCUGUUUUAGUACAUGUGGCAACGCCUUAAUGUCCGAAAUAUUUUAAAAAUAGAGGUUAUGGACUCUCAUGGAUUUCUAAACGACUAUAUUUUCCCAAUUUCUCUAUAGUUUGGGGAUCCCCGUAUACGAAUAAAAUAUAACUAUUUUUAUGCCAACGUUUUUGAAUUAUUUUUUUACUAUCUGAGCCAGUGUACCGUUACAGUGCGAUUUUAGGUCUAAAUUUUUGAUAACGCUAAAAAGUGUUUUGUUGUUUCUUUGAUUUUGUCGACGUGGAAUUUCCUAUUCAAGAUCAACAAUUUUUUGCUGGAAUAAAUAAAUAACCGGCAUUUUUAGAGUUUUGAAUGGGAACUUUUGCGAUUGAGAAAACUGUAGGAAAAUCUAGGAAAUGAGUUUUUCGCCACGUCGCGAGUUGUUUUUUCACACUUUCGUUUCCGUAGCUUUAGAUAGUCGUAGCCUAUAACCGUUGUAGCGCUUUUUGUAUAAUAAAUAAUAUAUUUUCUGUUGUA